ACCUGAGAUGGCCCUCGGGACACGGCGAGCUCUCCUGUAGGAGGAGUAGCUGGUGGCAGGCCAUGCAGGUGGCUGCUGUGGGGCUGAGGACAGGCCUGGGGAUGCCAUGGGCAGGGCCAGGCUGUGCCUCCUCUUGGAGCUGGGAGGGGUGGGGUCCGGGACUCAUGGAGGGUGGCAUGGCAGGCCUGGGGGUGGGCCUGCUGGUCACGGGGCUGCAGCAUGAGCUGUGCUCACGGGAGUGGUGGCUGAGCCAGUCCUCAGGAGUUGGGAUGGGGUGGGCAGCACUGCAGGCUGCUCGCUGCAGGGAAACUAUGCUCCCUGCUCCUGGGGCAAGUGAGGGGUCCCCACCCUGACUGGGGCUGGGCUAGAGCCACUCCACAGGAGCCCGGAGCCAAAGCUGCCCCGUGUCGGGGGCCCCAGUAGCUGAUCCGUGCACCCCCAGCCUUGGAAGUUUUCCAGGGGACCUUCCUCAGCCUGUGGGGUAUGCAGAAAUGUCUUCAGGCUUGCUCCAAGAGGAGCAGGUGGCGGCACAGGGUGGGGACACAAGGCCAGUGGUCUUGACGUGGGCCAGGUUCCUGGUGCCAGCCUGGUCCUGGUCCCGGGGCACGGCCUCAGCCUGGGCCGCCCAGCACCAGGCUCUACUGGCCCCUGAGCAUCUCUGGCCUGUAUGCCCUGGCCUUGCCUUCUGACCUGUCCUGAGGGUGGGGCUGUGGGAGAUGCGUGCAGCUCAGAGCUGCUCCCCAGGUGCCCAGAAUGCUUGUGAGGCAGGAGGGGACCCAGCUCGCCUGGUCUGCUUCCUGGGCCACAGGUGCACAGUAAGGGUUCUGCAGGUGAAUGGCUGUGUUGGCACUGGUUGUGGGCAUUCGAGGGCACUGCUGGGCCAUCAGUCUGCGGCAGGAUCGAUCCGCUCCUGGACAUCAUUAGGUCCAGGCUGUGGCUCCCAGGAGGAAAGCAGAGAAGGGGACAGUGAAGUGAAGGGAGCCUCAGUACCCUGCAGGGUGGCACCCUGGGCAGAGAGGUGGAGACUGACCCCCUGUUGUCAUCCAGCACAGUGCUAGACAGCCUGGCAUUGGAGGCUGUCCUGAGGAGGCUGUGUCUCAGGGGCCCACAAAAGCAGUGCCACCUGUAUGCAAAUGCUGGCUGUGGCCCAGGUGGGGCCCUGUGGGCAUCAGCAAGGCCAGCGACAGGGCUGCCGGGGAGGGGCUGUCAGGUAUGGGGUGUGUGCCAGGGAGGGGCUGCCAGGUAUGGGGUGUGUGGGUCUUGGCCAGCCUCAGCUUCACUCUACCCAGAUGAGGCCCCAGCAUGACAUUCACAGCACAGGAGCUCUGCCCGACCCACAGCAGCCCUGCUGUACUGCCCUUACCAGCAGCCUGCCUUGGACACCACGAGAGUGCGAUGGGCCCUCCGGGUUGACCAGCAGAGGCCUCCCACUACCUCAGAGGGACCUCUUGCAGGCACCAGGUGGGUCUGGCCCCUGAAGCACUGAGGGGACAGGUGACAGGGCACCCGGACCUGGGUGUAGUCCAGCGCCUCACUUUGCUCCACAACCCGAUGGGGUGGGUCAGCAGGCAGUGCUGCUGGGCCUAAUGGAGCUGGCAUUGAUUUCCCGGCACUGGAGGGGGGGUUGUAACCGGAAACUCCCCCCCCCCCCGUCUGCUAUAUUUAGCACUGCGGGACCCAGCGGAAGCACAGCUUACUCCAGCCUCGCCGGCUCUGUCCAAACCCCUGGCAGCCCGUCCCCAGCCUGGUCCCCAGGACUGCCCUAUGGGCCCAGAGCCCCUGGCCAGGCUGAGCAGCUGCACCCUUGCCCUCUGCAUACAAGCUGGGCACCGCCCAGCCCUCAGAGUGGGAGCCCUCCAGGCUGGGGGACGGGUGGCUCUGGGAGGCUGGAGGGUGCUGUGGUCCAGUGGGCCCCAGAACAAUGACGAGAUCCCUUACUAGAAGAGACCGGGUAGCCUGGUCUGGUGAGGGUUGGGGCUGGAGCCCUGGCCCCCACUGAUCUCAGCCCCUCACCCCAGCAAGGUGCAGCAGGGGGCAAAUGCGUUUUGUGAAAUAUGUGUGAGGGGCGAGGGUUCCCAUUGCUGCCUUCUGGAAACUCAAACCAGGGUCCAGCUGCCUGGCAUUUCUGGCUCAAGGGCUGCUGAAAUUCCUGCAGGGAAGGGACCCCCUCUCCGAUGCCUCCUAUGUCCCCCUCCUCCCCAAGGGCAGGUGCGGCCACCUUCCUGACCUGGGUCCUCUCAUGGACAUCAUGAGGUCCAGGCAGUGGCUCCUAGGAGGGGACAAUGAGAGGGAGCCACCCUGGGCUGGCGGGCAGGGACUGACCCCCUGGUACUACCCUGAUGCUCACCCAUCUGCCCUGGGCCACGGAUACCCAGGCAGGUCUCACUCCAAAGGGCCUGGAGGGAGGCAGUGGGGCCACUAUCCCCCUGCUUGGCAGGAUGGGCCGGGCUGUCUACCCUGAGGCUGGGCAGCCCAGUGGGCAGGGCUCCAGGCAGGCUGCGGCCCCUGCUGGGUUGAGCUUGAAUCUUGAAAUGAGUGCGCAUCCCUCACUGGGGCCUCUGCGCUGGGACAGCUCUGAGCUGGGGGCGCCUCGGCUGAAAUGCAGCCGCUGCGGGAACAGGCCCCACACGAGCCCCUGAGGUUCAGCUGCAUGGCCACUAGCCGCUGAGUGGCCAGCCUCUUCAGUCCUUUCCUCCCACAGCUGGCCAAGAGCAGGAAGCUGGGAGCUGGACCAGGGAGGGGAACCUGGAGGGGCUGUUCCCUGGGUUCCCUCCUACACUGGAAUUUCCCCACCUCAGCCCAGCUACCAUCCCCUCCCCUCACCUGCACCAUGGCAGAGCCUUGACCUCACCCCUGUGCCUGUCGCCUCCCCACAACCAGGGGACUUGGUGAAAAUGUAGGUCACUGCAGCCCACCCAGCUCAGUUGCUUUUGUGACCCCUGUUGGGUCUUAGCAGGAGGACUCGCGUGUCCCCACUGGCCUUGGGUUGUGGUCAUGACCCUUACCAGGGUCCCGCUUCUGUGGCUCCAGGACCUUGACACAUGCUGUUCUCAGCUCCUGGCCUGGCUGACCCAUGCCCGUCCACGCUCUGGCGGCCCCCUAUGCCAGCUUCUGUAUGACUUGUCUAAGUCCUCUGUCCACCCCUGGGCUGGGGGCUCCUGAGGGUGUGCAGGGGCGGAGUCUCCCUUGUUCACUACUUGGCCAAGUGCCCAGCAGAGGCACCCAGCACCCCCUCCCCCACCAUGGUGGGGCAGUGGGUGCAGGUGGGGAUGGAGCCCUGGGCCUCUGGAGCCGGGCAGGGGGCUUCUCUGUCCUGGGGCUUCCCUCUCUUGAGUACCCGAGUAUCUGCCCCCAGGCCAAAGCACAGGAGAGGUGGCAUCUCCACAGGGAGCCCCUCCCCCCGUAGGCGGUAAUCACUGCCCACACACUGGAAGGCGGCAACUGGAAGGCUCUGGGCACAGCUUGGAUUCUCUUGUUUGGUGGGGGUCUCUAUGCGGGCCUCAUCCUGGCUUGUGUCUUAAUCCCCACGAAGCCUACCCACCACCAAGUUUGGGGUGGGCACUCUGAGUGAGCAGAGCCAGCUGAGGCGGGCAUGGGGGGGGGCUCCGACCCACCCCUUUAGGGACCUUCAGCUGAGCCUGCGUCCUGGAUCCUGGAGGGGCUGCUAAACAGGGAUGGAGCAGGCAGACCCUGCGUAUGGGGUGUUCACAGGCCCUGUGCCUCCAAAGCUCUCUUCCUUCAGCCCUCAGCCCCAGCACCAUGGUGGCAGUGACUUGCUCCAGGCUGGGGGGCUGCACAGCCACCCAGCUCCGGGCACAGGGCAAAUUUGCGAGAGGAGCUAGGGGGAGAAAAGACAGCUCAGUUAUCAUGCGGAUGGGUUGAGGACCCCUCUGGACCAUAUGGGGAUCUUUAACCACCAAGGUGACCCCUAGCUCUGGAAAGGACCGUGCUCACUGGAGGAGAGGCAAGGUGCCAUUGGUUUUGACCCUGUGGAGGAGCUGCGAGGUCACCCAGGGAGAGGGCAAGGAGGUGACCGCAGAGGAUGGGGUGUGGAAGCCUGGUGACCAGGGCAGCAGUGGGAGGCCUCUCUUGGGGUAGCCUUCAGGGACAGGCACUGCCGACUUUUGUUCCCCAUUUCCCGCCUCUCGCCCCCAAAGCCCAGACCUGAGUUUGGGGGGCGAGAGGCGGGAAACGGGGAAUGCGGCCUGAGCAUUUCCUGAGGGCAUGGCCUGGCUACCUCGAUACCAGCGCCGAGCUGAGCAGUCUGCACCCUGGAGCAUUUGUUGACUGGCUGCAUGACCAGCGCGCCUCGCAGAGGGGAAGGCAGGGGCGUCGGAGGGGCGCAGCGCCCCCUGCAGCCGGCGUGGAGGCGGUAGGAGCGGCGCGGAGAAGGGGAGAUUCUCGGGGGAGGUGGGGGGCGCGCAGUAGGGGCUGGGCCCGGCUCUGGCCCCAGGGCCGCGCCACCCCGCGUGGGGGCCGAGCCCUGAUCAGAGUAGGAGGCAGCAUCUCCUCUGGGACUGCGAGGAGCGCGGCGGUGGCGCACUGAUGGGAGGGGACCACACGGCAACCUCGGGGCGCCCCACCCCCGGUUUCUGACACCCGGCAGGAGCCCAGGCGGAGGAGGGGAGGCAGCUUUGCGGCGCCGGCGCCCGCCUCGCCGACUCACGCGGAGGUGUGAGCGGGGCCCCCGCGGCCCGCGCUGACCCCGAGGCCCCGUGCCCCCGCCGCCCGGGCGCCCUGGGAGGCGCGCGCCGGGCCGGGGCGCUGGCAGGCGACGCCCUCCACCGCCUUUAAAGCCUGGGGCGCCCCCGGACCCCCCCCCGGCCCCACCCCGCGGCGCGGCCCCGCCCCCUCAUGCAUAUGCAGGUGCGCGGGUGACGAAUGGGCGAGCGAGCUGUCAGUCUCGUUCCGAACUUGUUGGCUGCGGUGCCGGGAGCGCGGGCGCGCAGAGCCGAGGCCGGGACCCGCUGCCUUCACCGCCGCCGCCGUCGCCGCCCGGUGGGAGCCGGGCCGGGCAGCCGGAGCGCGGCCGCCAGCGAGCCGGAGCUGCCGCCGCCCCUGCACGCCCGCCGCCCAGGCCCGCGCGCCGCGGCGCUGCGCUCGACCCCGCCCGCGCCGCCGCCGCCGCCUCUGCCGCUGCCGCUGCCUCUGCGGGCGCUCGGAGGGCGGGCGGGCGCUGGGAGGCCGGCGCGGCGGCUGGGAGCCGGGCGCGGGCGGCGGCGGCGGGGCCGGGCGGGCGGGUCGCGGGGGCAAUGCGGGCGCAGGGCCGGGGGCGCCUUCCCCGGCGGCUGCUGCUGCUGCUGGCGCUCUGGGUGCAGGCGGCGCGGCCCAUGGGCUAUUUCGAGCUGCAGCUGAGCGCGCUGCGGAACGUGAACGGGGAGCUGCUGAGCGGCGCCUGCUGUGACGGCGACGGCCGGACAACGCGCGCGGGGGGCUGCGGCCACGACGAGUGCGACACGUACGUGCGCGUGUGCCUUAAGGAGUACCAGGCCAAGGUGACGCCCACGGGGCCCUGCAGCUACGGCCACGGCGCCACGCCCGUGCUGGGCGGCAACUCCUUCUACCUGCCGCCGGCGGGCGCUGCGGGGGACCGAGCGCGGGCGCGGGCCCGGGCCGGCGGCGACCAGGACCCGGGCCUCGUCGUCAUCCCCUUCCAGUUCGCCUGGCCGCGCUCCUUCACCCUCAUCGUGGAGGCCUGGGACUGGGACAACGAUACCACCCCGAAUGAGGAGCUGCUGAUCGAGCGAGUGUCGCAUGCCGGCAUGAUCAACCCGGAGGACCGCUGGAAGAGCCUGCACUUCAGCGGCCACGUGGCGCACCUGGAGCUGCAGAUCCGCGUGCGCUGCGACGAGAACUACUACAGCGCCACCUGCAACAAGUUCUGCCGGCCCCGCAACGACUUUUUCGGCCACUACACCUGCGACCAGUAUGGCAACAAGGCCUGCAUGGACGGCUGGAUGGGCAAGGAGUGCAAGGAAGCUGUGUGUAAACAAGGGUGUAAUUUGCUCCACGGGGGAUGCACCGUGCCUGGGGAGUGCAGGUGCAGCUACGGCUGGCAAGGGAGGUUCUGCGAUGAGUGUGUUCCCUACCCCGGCUGCGUGCAUGGCAGUUGUGUGGAGCCCUGGCAGUGCAACUGUGAGACCAACUGGGGCGGCCUGCUCUGCGACAAAGACCUGAACUACUGUGGCAGCCACCACCCCUGCACCAACGGAGGCACGUGCAUCAACGCCGAGCCCGACCAAUACCGCUGCACCUGCCCUGACGGCUACUCGGGCAGGAACUGUGAGAAGGCUGAGCACGCCUGCACCUCCAACCCGUGUGCCAACGGGGGCUCUUGCCAUGAGGUGCCGUCCGGCUUCGAAUGCCACUGCCCAUCGGGCUGGAGCGGGCCCACCUGUGCCCUUGACAUCGAUGAGUGUGCCUCGAACCCGUGUGCGGCCGGUGGCACCUGUGUGGACCAGGUGGACGGCUUCGAGUGCAUUUGCCCCGAGCAGUGGGUGGGGGCCACCUGCCAGCUGGACGCCAAUGAGUGUGAAGGGAAGCCGUGCCUUAACGCUUUUUCUUGCAAAAACCUGAUUGGCGGCUAUUACUGUGAUUGCAUCCCGGGCUGGAAGGGCAUCAACUGCCAUAUCAACGUCAACGACUGUCGCGGGCAGUGUCAGCACGGGGGCACCUGCAAGGACCUGGUGAACGGGUACCAGUGUGUGUGCCCACGGGGCUUCGGAGGCCGGCAUUGCGAGCUGGAACGAGACGAGUGUGCCAGCAGCCCCUGCCACAGCGGCGGCCUCUGCGAGGACCUGGCCGACGGCUUCCACUGCCACUGCCCCCAGGGCUUCUCUGGGCCUCUCUGUGAGGUGGAUGUCGACCUUUGUGAGCCAAGCCCCUGCCGGAACGGCGCUCGCUGCUAUAACCUGGAGGGUGACUAUUACUGCUCCUGCCCUGAUGACUUUGGUGGCAAGAACUGCUCUGUGCCCCGCGAGCCGUGCCCUGGCGGGGCCUGCAGAGUGAUCGAUGGCUGCGGGUCAGACGCGGGGCCUGGGAUGCCUGGCACAGCAGCCUCCGGCGUGUGUGGCCCCCAUGGACGCUGCGUCAGCCAGCCAGGGGGCAACUUUUCCUGCAUCUGUGACAGUGGCUUUACUGGCACCUACUGCCAUGAGAACAUUGACGACUGCCUGGGCCAGCCCUGCCGCAAUGGGGGCACAUGCAUCGACGAGGUGGACGCCUUCCGCUGCUUCUGCCCCAGCGGCUGGGAGGGCGAGCUCUGCGACACCAAUCCCAACGACUGCCUUCCCGAUCCCUGCCACAGCCGCGGCCGCUGCUACGACCUGGUCAAUGACUUCUACUGUGCGUGCGACGACGGCUGGAAGGGCAAGACCUGCCACUCACGCGAGUUCCAGUGCGACGCCUACACCUGCAGCAACGGCGGCACCUGCUACGACAGCGGCGACACCUUCCGCUGCGCCUGCCCCCCCGGCUGGAAGGGCAGCACCUGCGCCGUCGCCAAGAACAGCAGCUGCCUGCCCAACCCCUGUGUGAAUGGGGGCACCUGCGUGGGCAGCGGGGCCUCCUUCUCCUGCAUCUGCCGGGACGGCUGGGAGGGUCGUACUUGCACUCACAAUACCAACGACUGCAACCCUCUGCCUUGCUACAAUGGCGGCAUCUGUGUUGACGGCGUCAACUGGUUCCGCUGCGAGUGUGCACCUGGCUUUGCGGGGCCUGACUGCCGCAUCAACAUUGACGAGUGCCAGUCCUCACCCUGUGCCUACGGGGCCACGUGUGUGGAUGAGAUCAACGGGUAUCGCUGUAGCUGCCCACCCGGCCGAGCCGGCCCCCGGUGCCAGGAAGUGAUCGGGUUCGGGAGGUCCUGCUGGUCCCGGGGCACUCCGUUCCCACACGGAAGCUCCUGGGUGGAAGACUGCAACAGCUGCCGCUGCCUGGAUGGCCGCCGUGACUGCAGCAAGGUGUGGUGCGGAUGGAAGCCUUGUCUGCUGGCCGGCCAGCCCGAGGCCCUGAGCGCCCAGUGCCCGCUGGGGCAAAGGUGCCUGGAGAAGGCCCCAGGCCAGUGUCUGCGACCACCCUGUGAGGCCUGGGGGGAGUGCGGCGCAGAAGAGCCACCAAGCACCCCCUGCCUGCCACGCUCCGGCCACCUGGACAAUAACUGUGCCCGCCUCACCUUGCGUUUCAACCGUGACCACGUGCCCCAGGGCACCACGGUGGGCGCCAUUUGCUCCGGGAUCCGCUCCCUGCCAGCCACAAGGGCUGUGGCACGGGACCGCCUGCUGGUGUUGCUUUGCGACCGGGCGUCCUCGGGGGCCAGUGCCGUGGAGGUGGCCGUGUCCUUCAGCCCUGCCAGGGACCUGCCUGACAGCAGCCUGAUCCAGGGCGCGGCCCAUGCCAUCGUGGCCGCCAUCACCCAGCGGGGGAACAGCUCACUGCUCCUGGCUGUCACCGAGGUCAAGGUGGAGACGGUUGUUACGGGCGGCUCUUCCACAGGUCUGCUGGUGCCUGUGCUGUGUGGUGCCUUCAGCGUGCUGUGGCUGGCGUGCGUGGUUCUGUGCGUGUGGUGGACACGCAAGCGCAGGAAAGAGCGGGAGAGGAGCCGGCUGCCGCGGGAGGAGAGCGCCAACAACCAGUGGGCCCCGCUCAACCCCAUCCGCAACCCCAUCGAGCGGCCGGGGGGCCACAAGGACGUGCUCUACCAGUGCAAGAACUUCACGCCGCCGCCGCGCAGGGCGGAUGAGGCGCUGCCCGGGCCAGCCGGCCACGCGGCCGUCAGGGAGGAUGAGGAGGACGAGGAUCUGGGCCGCGGUGAGGAGGACUCCCUGGAGGCGGAGAAGUUCCUCUCACACAAAUUCACCAAAGAUCCUGGCCGCUCGCCGGGGAGGCCGGGCCACUGGGCCUCAGGCCCCAAAGUGGACAACCGCGCAGUCAGGAGCAUCAAUGAGGCCCGCUACGCCGGCAAGGAGUAGGGGUGGCUGCCAGCUGGGCCGGGACCCAGGGCCCUCGGUGGGAGCCAUGCCGUCUGCCGGACCCGGAGGCUGAGGCCAUGUGCAUAGUUUCUUUAUUUUGUGUAAAAAAACCACCAAAAACAAAAAACAAAUGUUUAUUUUCUACGUUUCUUUAACCUUGUAUAAAUUAUUCAGUAACUGUCAGGCUGAAAACAAUGGAGUAUUCUCGGAUAGUUGCUAUUUUUGUAAAGUUUCCGUGCGUGGCACUCGCUGUAUGGCAGGAGAGAGCAAAGGGUGUCUGCGUCGUCACCAAAUCGUAGCGUUUGUUACCAGAGGUUGUGCACUGUUUACAGAAUCUUCCUUUUAUUCCUCGGGUUUCUCUGUGGCUCCAGGCCAAAGUGCCGGUGAGACCCAUGGCUGUGUUGGUGUGGCCCAUGGCUGUUGGUGGGACCUGUGGCUGAUGGUGUGGCCUGUGGCUGUCGGUGGGACUCGUGGCUGUCAAUGGGACCUGUGGCUGUCGGUGGGACCUACGGUGGUCGGUGGGACCCUGGUUAUUGAUGUGGCCCUGGCUGCCGGCACGGCCCGUGGCUGUUGGCGCACCUGUGGUUGUUAGUGGGACCUGAGGUCAUCGGCGUGGCCCAAGGCCGGCAGGUCAACCUCGCGCUUGCUGGCCAGUCCACCCUGCCUGCCGUCUGUGCUUCCUCCUGCCCAGAACGCCCGCUCCAGCGAUCUCUCCACUGUGCUUUCAGAAGUGCCCUUCCUGCUGCGCAGUUCUCCCAUCCUGGGACGGCGGCAGUAUUGAAGCUCGUGACAAGUGCCUUCACACAGACCCCUUGCAACUGUCCACGCGUGCCGUGGCACCAGGCGCUGCCCACCUGCCGGCCCCGGCCGCCCCUCCUCGUGAAAGUGCAUUUUUGUAAAUGUGUACAUAUUAAAGGAAGCACUCUGUAUAUUUGAUUGAAUAAUGCCACCA